UACCAAGUUGGUCAGCUGUUCACUGUAGCAGAGGCCAGUAAGAAUGAGACGGGGGGAGGAGAGGGCAUCGAGGUGCUGAUAAAUGAACCCUACGAGGACGAGGGAGAGAAGGGACAGUACACACACAAAGUCUACCAUCUAAAGAGGUACACAUACAGUGGGGGGGUGGAGGAAAACACACACACACACUAAGGUUUCGUUUACGCAGGCAGCCCCAUUCUGAUCUUUUUCCCAAUUACUGAUAAAAGAGCUGAUCUCAAAAGACCAAUUAGUGGAAAUAUAUUUGAAUUGGACUACAUGUGUAAACGCAGUCAUAUGAUUGACUCCUGUCUCUCUCUUGGCAGUAAAGUCCCAGGCUGGUUGAGGUAUAUCGCACCAGAGGGAGCGUUAGUCUUCCAUGAAAAAGCCUGGAAUGCAUACCCAUACUGUCGCACCGGUGAGUCCCAGAACUCUAGUUUAAACACUCAAUUGAGCCCAACUCUGAUUGGGACUGGCCUACAUUGUCACAUUGAUCGUUUUAUUGAAAGUAAACCAAUGUUGUUUCCUUCUUUCUUCUGUUGCUUGUUUUCUCCAUCUGCUGCAGUUAUAACGGUGAGUAGUGAACUGACAACUACAUACACACACCAUGUUCCCCAGACUCUUGCCAUUGUCUGUGUGGGGUAGUUUUGUUGUGUGAAUGGAUCUGAGACACUCAUUCCCAUUAAUGUGACUUCAAUAGCGUGGUGGUGUGUAGCUAACUAUGCUGCUAAUACUAGCAUGCCACAGUUAGUUAGGCAGAGUGCAGAAGUUCACUAACCAGACGUGUCGUUUCAGCCCAAACAGCUAAUCAGUUAAUUAGCUUAGCGGUUUAAAUAGGCCUCAGGCCUCCCAGAACGCCAUUCAAGGCUUUCUCAGUAUUAGAGAUUCCCACUGGUUCUCUAUUCAAGGCAUUCUCAAGCUUGCCGUUGGCUGACGUUUUAAGGCUACUGUACAGAGGAAGUGUAGUAAUGGGUUUUCCUCCUACCACAGAAUCCAUAAGCAACAACUAAUCAAACAUUUGGAAUGGUACACCCAAUAUGACUGCCGCCCCGACCCACAUCAUCUAGAAUUCAGUUACGCUUUGCGAGACUCGAUGAAAACAUGAACAGAGAUUAGAUUUUUCUAUCCUUUCUUUGCUCACUUCUCCUUUCUCUCUUCACUCCUUCUAGAACGAGUAUAUGAAAGAUGACUUCCUGAUAAAGAUUGAGACGUGGCACAAACCUGACAUGGGAACGCUAGAAAACGUGCAUGACUUGGAUGGUCCUACAUGGAAGACAGUGGAAGUGGUCCCCAUUGAUAUCGCAGACAAAGAUGUGGUGGCCCAUGGGGUGAGUGGACACACACACUCACUCACUCACGAAUAUUCGUCCUCUUGCUCGUCAGACCUGACAUGACUGUAUUGGUUAAAGCCGUGAGUUUUUAACCACUCAUCAGCCAUCUUAGAUCAGUGACAUCAAGAUGGCUCUCUUCCCGGGUGGUAAAAUAAUCUGUCCCAGUACAGCACCCCUGACCCAGGCACUGAUGGUUACGUCAUCAAUGUAUUUGUCUCCCCCAUGUGGAUGAGUUGUGUCAUUGCAUGUUGACUGGCUGUGUGCUAGUCUAAACUUGAACACCCAGAACUAAAAUCUUGCUUAAUGCUCGAUUUAAGUUCUCGGGGAGACGUGUUAGAAAAUAUACUAACAAGGCUACCGAAUUCUCACCCCUCUAACCGGAAUCUCUCAGCCAGUUUCUGGCAAGUCUAUUGGCCGAACGUCCCCUCCCCUUCUGAAAUUCGUAAGGUGCGAGCACCUUCAAAAUCGUGGUUUGUCCAAAUAAUCAGUGACAAGAAAUCCUUUUUAGUCGUCGCAUCCCACAGUCUGUCAACAGAUGUUACUACCAUUUUAUGUUACGUGCAUCUAUCCACAAGAGAUGACACUUUAUCCUGUCUGCCAGAAAAUGGGCCUGCGGAAGACGCUGUGUAGAAACUCUGAUCUACACAUCACCUUGCUGACAUGACGUAUUGUUGCUAUAAGUCUGUGUAAUCAUCCUUCCUCCCACCCAAAAGCCACAGUGCAGGACCCCAAAGCACUGUAGUUGAGAGACAGUAUGGGAGUGAGCUUCUCUAUCUGGUGGGCUUACCAUGUAUGGAGUGUCAGUCUCUCCUGGACAGUACUGACUGAACACUCAGGACAGUGAGAGCAUGUACUAUAGCAGUGGCUCCUGUAGUCUAAUGACAUAAGUGGAUCAGUGGUAGGGCCACAGUUUAAUCUGAAGGGCCAUCUGCUGCAGGUACACACACACACACACACACACAGGUCUGACAGAUCAAAAUAGGGACUAGGGGAGAGCCUGUGGUUGUGUGUGGCUUUCCUGCAUCAUAAGGGAAUUGCGUUGAUCUCCCAGUUCCUCAGAUCGUCAUUCCAUCCACAUACUUGUGAACCGCAAGAAAUAUGGUAGCAGUUUCAUUCCAGAUACUAUUCUUAAUGUACAUUAGUGCUCCAUUUCAAUAGUUUCCCUGUGUGCGUGUUCACUCCUGCAGGGCUAUAAUGGGGUGUAAUGUCUAUAUGUUGUUUUCAGGAUGCAUGUUGUAUAAUGUAUGUUGUUCUCUCCUACAGGACUAUAAACCAGAGGAGGACCCUGCUCUGUUCAAAUCUACAAAGACAGGCAGAGGACCACUCUCACCUGAAUGGAAGGUACAGGAUUUCACCUAUCAUCCAUCUCAACCAUUUAGACUCCCUCCUGUCUUGUCUGUGGUAAUUGGUCAUGUUGACCUUUGACCUCAUUAGAAGAGGGUUAAGACACAGUACGAUGCUUCUCUCGUUUGUGUUGCUGCACGUUACUGGCCCAAAAUCAACAUAGUAGAAAAUGUAAUUUGACAUUUUUCCUCGUCAUCCUUCCUGGGUUUCUCCUCUGACAGAACGAUCUGAUGAACAAGACCGACUGUCCUAAGAUGUGUGCCUACAAACUGGUCACUGUCAAGUUCAAGUGGUGGGGCCUGCAGACCAAAGUAGAGAACUUCAUCCACAAGGUACAACGCUUUUAUCUCCCUCUGUUUUAUCCUUUUCCCAUUGCUUUUAGGGCUUCUAAUGAGAGAACAGACUGAUGCCUAAUAUUGUCAUUCUCUGAUCUCUCUCUCCUCUCUUUUCUUCUCCCUCCUCUCUCCUCCCUCCACCUCUCUCCUCCCUCUUUUAGCAAGAGAAGCGUAUUUUCACUAACUUCCAUCGCCAGUUGUUCUGUUGGAUCGACAACUGGGUGGAGCUGACCAUGGCGGACAUCCGACGAAUGGAGGAGGAGACCAAGAAAGAGCUGGAAGAGGUAAGACAGUUAAUGUCUGCCAUUGUUUCGUAGGUUUUAGACUUGUGCCUUAGAGUUUGAGAAAGUGCUUGUAUUUUUUUGUGGUUCAUAGAUGGGGAGACUUAUUUCUAUGUUUAUGAUUAUGGCGAUGAGGAGGUAACUAACACCUGAUUCCAGAGACAUUAAGGGAUCAGGAACCACAAUAAACAACAAAUCACCUCUCUAAGACUGACCGUGACCAUCACUAACCCCUAAGGCCCUAACCUUAACCUUGGACCAAUCCGAGCUCCAUAGGAGGGUCAAACUGACAGUUCUACUCUGCUGCCUUUAGAUGCGUGAGAAGGGCACCGUGCGAGGAACCUCGGCAACCUCGGAAGAGUAGCCCCGCCCCUGUAGGUCAAAGGUCAGAGGCAGGCUGAGUGAGUUCUCCGACAGGACACAGGAAAUGACAUCAUCGUGGUGUUGUGGACGCAUCUCGGGCCUGCACUCAUCUUCAUUGUAUCUUCCCCCCCCCCACCCCCACCCUCGUUUAUGUUGCUCAUCGCCUGUUUUAUUUCUCCACUUUUUGGCAGCUGCAUGUUGCCAGUCUAAUCAAACAUUCUGGUUCAGUCUGUCCUUCUGUCUAUGGUGGUUUUGGCUCUGUCUCUGUGUGGCUGUCCCAUUCUGUUUCUUCCUCUUUCCAUCACGCCUGCCUUGCGUUCCUUCUCGCUCUGCUGCGUGACGACUUAUCCUCCUUACCUCCAUUUGUUUGUCCACUUGCAGUCUAACUAACAUGGUCUGUUCAGUGUGUGUGUUUUAUGUGUGUGGUUCCAGGUGUUGGGGCAGCGCUACUACCCUGUUGCUGUCUGCCAUCUUUCUGCAUGUCAUGUUGCCUAAAUAGGGAAUUAUCUGUAAUGUGGAAAGAGGAGGAUAAGAGUUUUCACUGUGAUGGAGAUGGGUUGAUGUGCUGUGAAGUGAAGUGACUGCUAGUAAAGGGGAAAUGCUCUUCUGUAUUUCAUGAACUGAACAUUGACAGUGUAGGAAGUUUAGGUGUAGCUACAUUAUAUGAACCAGGCAAUAGUCAUUUGAUGGAAAGACAAAAGCUGUUCACUCCUCCAUCAACUCAGUCUCAUAUCACAGACACUCUUGUCCUUCAGGGGGUACUGUAACACCUUCAGUAUUUUUAUCUAUUUUCUUUCUCCCCCCCUCUUUUGUUCUUUCUCUCUCCUUCUUGCCCCAGCUGCGUAAGUCAGGUCAGGUUCGAGGCAUGAGUGCGGCUCACGAGCAGUGAGGUUGACCAACAAAACCCUUUCAUGAUGAUGAUGUCACCAUGCCCACAGAGAAGAGGAAGUCUCUGCUCUACUUCCUGUCUCCCAUGAUUCAUAGGGGGGUUUGUCCUGAUUGGUCAAUAUUAUUGUACUGACCCGCAAUCACAUGCCUCCUAUUUACACAGAAAAACAAAAAGCGGUUUCGCAUUUUAAAGAAGAUUUAAAAAAUUUAAACUCUUUGCACAGAAGGUAAAUUAAAUUGCCUGUAAAUGUAAUUGUUAGUUCAUUAUAAGAUGGGCUUUGUUUGUAUCCAGAGACACAGAAAGCCAAGCCUUUUAAACAGAUAAGAAUGUUAUUUGUUAUAUUACAGUUCUUGGUAUGUUAUAAUUUCCCCAAAAAUUGGAAUAAGAUAAUUCAUUAACAGGUAUUGGACCAAUUUUGUUUUUGUUUUCUCAUGUAUUUUGUUCCCUGUUUUAUGAUACUGUAUCUGUCAUUCUGCCAUGGCUCUGGUUGGUUUCAUACUUGUUUCUUCCCCCUCCUGAGACUAAGGUCCGUAUAAACCCUUAUCCGAGUUGUAGUGGUGUGCAAACUUGAAAUGCGUCCAAAAUGCACCCUAUUCCAUAAAGUGCACUACUUCUGGCCAGAGCGCUGGAUCUGAAUAUGGUGCCAUUUGGGAUGUAGAUUAAGCACUUAA